GAAAAGGAGAACAGCAGGACGCUCUGUUAAGUAGUCGCUAGCUUUAGCUUAGCUGUAGUUUAUUUUAGCUUAUUAAAUCGCCCCAGUUUCGCCACAUUACCGUCCUAAUUUUCGAACCCUGAUCGGAUAAGAAUGUCAACUCCUGCUAGAAGACGACUGAUGAGAGAUUUUAAACGGCUCCAGGAGGAUCCCCCCGCUGGCGUGAGCGGCGCCCCAUCCGAAAACAACAUAAUGGUCUGGAAUGCCGUAAUUUUUGGCCCAGAGGGAACACCGUUUGAAGAUGGUACGUUCAAGCUGACGGUGGAGUUCACUGAGGAAUAUCCGAACAAGCCUCCGACUGUGCGAUUCGUCUCGAAGAUGUUUCAUCCGAACGUAUACGCAGACGGCAGCAUUUGCCUGGAUAUUCUUCAAAAUCGCUGGAGUCCGACGUACGACGUCUCCUCUAUACUGACAUCAAUUCAGUCCCUUCUAGAUGAGCCGAAUCCCAACAGCCCGGCGAACAGCCAAGCGGCUCAGCUGUACCAGGAAAACAAGCGCGAAUACGAGAAACGGGUGUCGGCCAUCGUCGAGCAGAGCUGGAGAGACAGUUGACCACGCACUCGGACCUGAUGUGUUUUUUUCCCCCCCCUCACUCCUUCGUGGCUGUCUGUGGAAGAAUAUUUACUCCUACGUUUGUUUUAAAGUUUUUUUUUUUUUAAUGCACUUUUGUGUUCGACAGCAUUCGUUAUUAACGCACGGCCGACUUAAAACGUUCAGUUACAAACCUGCCUGGCUUUAGCACGUCGCACACCAGUCCAUGUUUUUCAGUUCGUGUAGCAGAGCUGCCGGGUGGAGCACGUACAGGAAUCGGAGAUAUGGUAUUCCACGUGUGGUGCACGGUUCCGUCUGCUUAGUUUCGGAUGUGGGACGAUCGGUUCUCUGGAUCUGUACUGAAAUAGUUCGCGAAAGUGCCCGUACAUCAGCCAAGAUGUGUUUGCUGCCUGAUUUAAUUCUGCACUGAACUGACUCGCUUUAAAACGAUUUAUAUUAGGGAAAAUCACACAAGUUUAACAUUUUAUAUGAUCUAUAGAUGUAUAGAUAUAUAUAUUUAGAGAGAGAGGGGGGCCAAAAAUGUAAACACACUAUAUUAAAUGUUAUUUAAGUGAAUUACGGGAGCAGUGUGUAGUAUGAUGUUUAAACGUGACUUAUAGUAAAUAUCAAAUUAAUCUCUGUAUACAUUAACUAUUACAAACUUAUGCAGGAGUUUCUUUUGUUUUAUUUCUAGAUAUUGUCAUUUAGACUGGUGCAUAAUUGCAACCAUUGCAUCCGAGGAGAGCACGUCCUCUUCCGACACGUGUACAGCCCUCCUCUUAUCGCCCUGCGUUCCGCCCAGCCGACCGGUGGCAACGCCGAGGAGUUCAGAAUCUCGGCGCUGGUGUGCUGGCGGAAUAUCCCGCCGCUCCACCCGGGCGCCCCGUCACAUUUUUACAACAGAAUGAUAAAAAAAUGUGGAAAUUCUGCCUCUAAACGUACGUGAGAGAAAAAUGAGGCACAAACGUGAAACGAAAAAUACUGGGACUGAAUAUCAAAUAUCAAAAAUGAGUGAUUAGACUGUGUAGAACCUCAGACUCAUACUCGGAUAACUUCUUCUGAUUAUGUACAUACACAUUUAUUCAUUUGUUAUUAUGUCAUCAAAGUAUAAACGACAUUUCAGCUUAAAAAUGUUUAUAUAAGUGAUGGCACGACACCUGAAAACAUGAACAAAAUCAAACCUGUAUUAAGGUAGAACCUGCAAAUUAAAUCGUUCGUGACUUUUUAUAGUGAUAUGUGAUUUAUAACUGAUAAAAUGCUGUAAAAUACAACCCAAACUAUUAAGUUCCAACUUCAAAUCAGCUUCAAAACAUCAUCUACACACGAUACCAGGAUAGAUUCAUAUGCAGUCAUUAUUAUUGUUAACAAAUCUACGACAGCUACUCAUGGCUAUAAGCUUCUAUUACUUGUUAGUUACAGAACGUAAGUUUGGCCAGCAUUCAUUUCUUGGCUGAUUUACAUUUUUGGUUCUUAUUUCUCAUGAUCAGGUGAAAUUGAGCACCUAGCUUUCUCUAUUCUGCAUUAAAAUUUCCUGCUAGGUGUUUUCAGACGUUUCCCUUCUCACUUCACUCAGUAUCUCAGUAAACGCCGUUUUCGUGUCGUACGCUAUAACGUGCAUGAACGCCUGAGCUCGUAGCAGAAGCCGGUAAUCCUGUAUAUAAGAAACACAACAGAAUGUACUGUAUAUGUACAGAUUUUUUGCACUGGUUAUCAGUCAUUUUCCAGCACUUGUAAAUAAUGGAAAUAAAAAGCAGGUACCCUCA